UGUAAUAAGGAAGUUGCGUGCUCUCCUCUUUUAAAUUAAUCAAUUUGAUUUUUCAAGAACAGCAAAAUUUAUUCUAAUAUAUUGAGAAUAAUUUAUAAUGGAAUAUAUUUUUUCAAUUUAUCAGUAUCUUAAAAGCAAAACUAUCAUUAUUGUUUGAAAUUUAUUUUAUUUUAUUCUCACUUGAUAUCACAGUAUACCAGCCUAUUCUGUGUUUAUAUCCUGCGCAAAGUGCAUGCGCAGAAACAGAUCGGUUCAAGAGUUGUCACUUUAUUUCAUACUUGCUGUCAUCUGUAGGUUCUAGGUGUUUUUGUGUGGCUCCGAAUUCAGCAACUGUAGAAAAUCAUGUUCAGCUUCCAUAAACCAAAGGUGUAUCGGUCCACUACAGGUUGCUGUAUUUGCAAAGCCAAAUCUAGCAGUUCCCGGUUCACGGAUAGCAGAAAGUAUGAGAACGACUUCGUGGAGUGCUUCCAACUGCAGGAGCCAAGGUCGGGCGAAGUGUGCAAUGCGUGCGUGCUGCUAGUCAAGCGCUGGAAGAAGUUACCCGAUGGCAGUCAGCGCAAUUGGAGACAUGUGGUCGAUGCACGAGCGGGACCUGGUACAAAAUCGGCAACUAAAUUGAAGUCAAAACAGAAAAAGAAGAUGAAGAGCAAAGUGACAGGUGAAAAGGUGGCCAGAGACAAUAUGGAUGAAGACGGCAAGGAUGUAACCAUGAUGGAGGCGAUGAGAGAACAGAGUCCUAGUGCGCUCAGUGACGAAAUCAAUGGUGGCGACUCUCUUUCCGACCUGAGCAUUCCGCCUAGUCCGACACCCAGCGAAGACCCACAGCAGCAUCAGCAGCAGUAUGCACCCUCCACGAGCACUCGUACCCCCUCCAACCCCCACCGCACCCGCGCCAUGUUGAAGCGGCUGGCCCCGCCCCCUAUGCCUGCACCUAUCAGCGCCUUCGUUAACUCCGAUUACUGGAAACGUGAGAAAGUAUGCUGCGGCAUCAUAUUCAAAGGCCGCAACGGCCAGGUGCUAAUCGACUCGCGCUUCUUCAAGCCGUGCGACCAUCGCGACGCCACUUCGUCGCCACCGUCUGUCACCACCGUAGUGGCACCUUCGCAUGCGCCAAAGGCCACUUGCCCCACCACCGCUUCCUCGCCACCGUUCAGCGACACAUCCUCCGACUCCGGCUACGAUGAGUCGUCCAAUCAGAGCGAAGUGACGUCACUGCUCAGUAUAGCCACUGCCGCUGCGACCGCCAAUUAACCAAGGUACAACUUAGCCAAUUAUCGAGUUUAUUAAUUAUUAAUUUUAUUAGUUACGUACGUGUACGGUUAUCAAAAUUCGACAAAAAUUAUUCAAAAAAAAUGUAACUGGUACAGUGGAACUUCAGUUUGUCGAAUACUUGUAAAUUUUUCAUCAGAAGCCGGAAUUCAGUUACAAACGUCGAAAUUUGUUUAAAUAAUUGGAUUACUUCCAAAAAAAUUAAUUGAAAUGUGUUCGACUUUGAGAGAUGGGUCAGAUUCUAUUGGUUAGAACUGAAAUCCUUCCAAUCGGGUUAGAAACCAUUCUCGGUUGAGCUUUAUGUUUUUUCGUUUUGCUCCCAAUCAUUGCCAUUAUUUGAAAAUUUUCAUAUAAAUUAAUAGAAGAAAAUGUUUCUCUUCUAUUAUUAAAUCAAGGUUUUUAUUGUACUUAUAAGUAAAUAUGGUAAAUCAAUUGAAUUGAGUGAGAUUAUUACAUUCAACUACAAUAAUAUGAUAUCUUUCAUCUGAAUCGUUCAGCUUGAACUAGAAGCUAUAGAAUCAUUGCAGUAGUACACUAUUAUAAGCGUGAACAAUGAUCAUGAAAAAAGUAUUCUAUUAUUUUCCUAAUUGAUAUUUGACUGAAUAAUAAAUCGGAAUCUUAAAAACCACCUUGAAGUUCAAUAUACAGAUAAAUAUGGUCUAAUGAGAAGAUCCCUAGUUGCUCGAUGCGGGGAUGAGCGGAAGUUGAAAUACGUCAACUGCGCAUGCCUGGCUGCUGUAUUCCUCAUUAUAAUAAAAUCACGGCGUGCUAGACUUGAAUAGAUGGCAAAAACUUAGCUGGCUGAUCAAAUGUUUUUGCUAUACAUAGUAGCGUAUUGAUGCUGUGGAAUCAGUCCGUGACUUGAGAAUCAUUGCAUUAGUACACAAUUAUAAGCGUGAAAAAUGAUCAUUAAAUAAGUAUUCUAUUAUUUCCCUAAUCGAUAUUUGACUGAAUAAUAAAUCGGAAUUUUGAAAAAACAACCUUCAAGUUCAAUAUACACUUCCGCGAUUGCAUUAAAGCUUCAAUAGAAGCUGAGUCAAAGUAGCUUUCAAUUCAAAGUUAUCAUGGAUGAGACUUAUUGAUCUUUAGAAGAAACUCUUUGUUUAUGAAUUUUUCAUCUCGUUCUGCUGGCAAUUGCUGGCACAGGGCAAUCUUUAAAACCACAGCAACGAUACAUAUACUAAUACAUUGUCGGUCCAAACUACGAUUGUAUUAUACUAUGCAUUUAAAACUUACCAAGUGUAAUUAUGUCCAUAAACAAAGUCGUGAUACAGUUAAUUCUAAGGAGUAGAUUUCUUCUUAAUUUUUUAUCUCUCAUAGAUUGAAUCUUAUGAUAAUCCUUAUUUAAAUUUUAAUCCGAACGAUUGGAGCUCUACUGUACCACGACUAUAGUAAUAUAUUUAUAAAAUUUGUUAUUUAUUGUACGUAAACAGACGAAUCGAAGUGGAUUGUGUUCAAUAUUGAAGGUUUCAAGGAUAGUGUGGUUUCAUGUCAAUUGUCGUGGCAAAGAACCACGCUAUUCUACGACUUUCUUUUUUAGACAUUUGUAACUGUGAUCGAGCUGAUAGUUUAGUCAACAGUGUGUAAUCGAUUGUAUUCAGUCAAUUUCUCAUCAGUGUUCAUCUAUAAUUUAUUAUUUUUUCAAUCUAUUCUCAUUUUUAUAUCUUCAAUCUUUAUUUGAGAUUGAUUUUAUUGUGAAUGAUUGAAAUAUUGAGUUGAUAUUACUUUGUAAACCUUGAGUAGGGUCUGUCAAUCAUUAAACGUAGAGUUGAAAGUAUGAAACAUGGAGGAACAUUGCUUUUAAUGGAUAUUUUACACAUAAAAGUGUAUUUUAUUGUUGGAUAAAUAUUAGUAUAUUAUUAUUAAAUCAUAUUUUCGGCUAAUGAAGUUCUGAAUUAAGAAUAGUUCUCGCAUUAUCUUGAUAUCACGUCAUUAACACCUCCAUUCGCAAAAUUUAAAUAUAUUUUUUUCUAUUAAGUUCCUGUAUUCUUAGGAUCAACUUAUUCUUAUUCUUAUUUGACUCAAACAUUCCAUGAAUUUUUCUAAUUUGUCUCAUACUGAACGAUAAUUUAAAGCUCGAUCACAGUAAAACGUUCAUGAAAUAACAAAAAAUAUGAUAAUAAUGAUAACAAAUGCUGCCAAACAAUCAACUUAAUUGGGUCCAAUUUUGAGCGCAGAGUUGAUAUAUUUGUGAACAGAUUCAGAAUAACGUCACAAUAUACUAUGAUUGUAAUAAGUAUGAUUAUUAUGGUAGUGAUGAUGAUUUGAAUGAGCUGAGUUUGAUCAAGGCUUACUACUUGAUUUCAAAACUCAGCGUUGUCUCUAGUGGAAAAUUUGUUGGUAGUAAAAAUUAUUAUAUUCGCUGUUAGAUUAUUUAUUUAUUCUAGCCUUUGUUAUAAACUUCAAUUAACUUUAUUCUAUAAUUAAAUUAUCCUUCUGAUUAGCUUAAUCUAUGUUCAGUGAUAAUGUGUAAUGUUCAUUUUCUACCUUUUUCAAUAUUAUUUAAUUCCAGAUUUCGUUUUUUCCAAAUAUGUAUAAUCUUUCCUAGUAUUAUUUGAUUACUAUUAAAUAUAACGUUUUAUAUAAGUGUAAAUAUAAUGAUUAUGUACUGCCAAUUUAUUUUGUUACCACUACAACAAAAUGAUACAAAGUAUUCAGGCAUUUUAAAAUAUUUUAUGGGAUAAUUUAAUUUUUUUAAGAGAUCAUGUCAGUCAGUAACCAGGUUUAUGAAUAAGAUAGGUUACAUGAGUUCUCAGUGAUUCAUUUUAUAAUGUAUUUGCAGAGUGAAUGUCUUAAUUUAUUUCAUUUUAAUCGUUUUUUAUCUUGGCUUUAAUGUACGAUUUUAAUCAGGUGUUGCAAGAAUUGCUUGUUAAGCUUCCUGGGCUUUAGUUAAAUUUUCUUAUUCUUUUUUAAUUGUUUGUGCUGAUCAUUGUAAUAAUUUUUAUUUUUCUGAAGUAAGUAGAUUCGCAUAUGGAACUGACUAAUCGACUGUUUAUAGAAAUUGAAAUUUUCCUUAAUUGGUAGGUUAGUGAAUGAAAGACUCCAGUGAUUGAAUGAUUGACAUAUUACAUUCCUGAAAAUUCCCCGAUGGCCUCUCAAUAUUGUUCGAGUAAUUUUUUCUUUUAGCGAUAUUUCAUCUUCUGAAAUAGCAGUCACUUAUUAUCGAUAUUUUCAUUACAGUACUUUCACGCACUACCCAUUUUUCAUUAUACUUGCUUUUCCUCUAAGGCUCAACUCACACUUACGCGACUCACGUAGAGAAGAGACUCGACUCUAGUCUAGAGCAUGUGUUUCCAAAUGGUGACACUCAGAACAGUCGAUUCUAGUCUCUACGAGGUCACCAUUUGAAAUACAAGCUCUCGACUAGAGUCGAGUCUCUUCUCGUCCUGAGUCGCGUAAGUGUGAGUUGAACCUUAGAAUUACUAACUUGCAGCAUUUUUGUAUAAAUAUGCAUCUGAACGCACAAUAAUUUACAGUUAGACACAACAGUUUACCACAUUUUCCUUCAUGUGAAGCCCCAACCCAACCGAAAAAUCACAUGGAUGUUUCUUUAUUUCAUCCAUACAUCUCAUAUGUUUUAUCGAGCGGUAUUUUCAUUCUAACUGUGUAGUAUGUUAAAACAAACUAUAACUUUGCACAAAUUAUUUAAGUUCUUUUCAAAUUGUAAAAAAAUCCGUGAAAUCAAUAAUAAUUACUGAUUUCAAUGAAUUCAUACGAUUUUAUUAUUACAUUUCUCUUGACUGAUUUUGUAGAUUUUUAUCAAAACUAUAUCAUAAAACAACUACUAUUAUAAAGCAUGAUCAAAGUUGAUUUUCAAGGAACUACUUAGCUCUUGUCAGUUCCAUUUUGCUUAUUUUUUAUUAGAAUGUUAUUGAAGAAAUGUUUAAGAGUAUAUUUAUAGAGUGUAAUAAAUUUAAUAUCAAUAUCAUUAACGAUAAUAGCGCAAAUUAUCAAGUAUUACAGCAAUAAGAGCAUUGAUUAAAUUUUUAGAGUUUAUAUUAUUAUAAGCAUAUCACUGUCCUUGCUAUUUCUGUUUUGAAAGAUGGACCCGUCAUUUAGCUAGACACUUUUACCAGUAGUGUACGUUAUAAUAUUAUAUUCAUAGUACAAUAAUAUCAACUCAAAUAAUCAAACUGUUUUUAUGCUUGUGAAUUGAUCAUUUCCAAUCAAAUUCCACCAAGCAAGGAAUCUAAAUACUUCUUCCAAAUCAUAAAACUUUUCAAGUAGCUAAUUAUUAUUUUUCAUUUUUAAAAUUUGUUUCCAACACAUACAAUUUCCAAAACCUUGCAGUUACUGUACUGCAUUUAAGUUUAAAUGAUUUUCAAAUAAGAAUUAAUACUUCAUUCUCUCUUGAAAUUCAUAAUUUAUUUCAAUAAUGUAAUUUUUCCAUUAAUUUUUUUAGGGAUUUGCUUUCUUGUGUUGAAAUAUUCACUGAUCAGAUAAAUCAUUUUGCAAGUUUCGAAAACUUGAGAUUUUAUUCUUUGAACCAACAAAAAUGGUCUCAAGUACUGUACUGCUAAAAUACUUGAAAAGCAAAGCAUUUCUGCAAUCCAAUUCUAUCUUGAAUCUAUUCAAAACUUUGCCUCGACAUCAUGAAUCUAUCAAAGCAGAACACUGAUAGCCCAUUCAACAAUUCGCUAGAACAUUGCUUUGACUAGUGAUUGAAUUUAUAAUUUCAAACACAAUGUCAGAAUCGUUCCAAUUCUAGUAAUGAUCUAUCUAAUAUUAGUGAGGUUCUAUCCAUCGUUAGUGACAUCUAAUUAAUAUUAGUAAGGUUUUGUCUGAUAUUGGUGAUAACGAAUCUUCCUAAUAUUAGUGUUGAUAAGUAUUGUUUGAAGUUUGUGAUCUCGCUGUGGAUUUUGUUGAAACAAAUCGGUCGCCUAUGUCUGUAUGUGUUCAUAAGGCAGGUAUGUGUGCAAUACUUAAUUAAUUAUUCUGAUGUGAUGCCUGUUUGAUAAGAUGUGUCAAGUUUUUCUAUGAAUACUCUUUGAAUUGAGAAGAUAAUAACGAUUUCUAUCUAUAUUUAGCUUUCCUACCAACUCACUCAUGACUCGUUGUUGAUGUUGCUGCUUGAUCAAUAUUGUUGUUAUGCAGUUGGUCCAUUUGUGUAUGUGUGUGUGCAAGGUUAAAAGCAUAUUAUAUGCGUCUAGUUUGAUACGUUGCAAACUGUGAACAUGCAUUAGAAUGAUCCCUCAACCAUGAAAGAGUUCCUCAAUUUGUUAAUAGAAAAACUUGCAAUGAUUAUUAGAGCCUUAACUGAAUAUAAGUAAUAUAGUAUGUACUUGGAAUGGACAUUGUCAACAUAUUUUUGUCAGUGUAUCAUGUUAAUAUUGAUGCAUUGAUGGUUGUUGAAUAAUAGUUUGUAUUAAUAAGCAUUUCCAUCAGUCAUUUGUGCUGGUCAGAAUAGGUUACAAUUGUGUAAAUAAAAGUAUUUUCCUAAUUAUUUUUAGUGAUACAUUUACCUCAUUUUCAUUUUAUGAUAAGUUUUGUCUUUUUGUGUAGGGACAGUAAUUUGAAAACUAUUAUUGUAUUAUCAGUACUCUGAUGGCUUGCGUUUACUUUAAAUUUUAAUUAUUUGAAGCAAUUGCUUCUAAUCAAAUAGCUGAAUUGUGUAUUAAAUUUCAACUAAGAUAAUGUUGAUAUCAAUUUUUUAUGUAGAAUUUUUCAGUCAGUUUGUAUUUAAAGAAUUUGUUGCAUUGGUUUUUUUACUGUUUAACAUGUGGAAACAGCUAAUGAGUUGAAUAUAAAAGUUUUCGUUUUUGUAUUAUUUAGAUUUGAAAAUUGAGGAUGUGUACGUUUAAUUUCUAGAAAUUAGCUCGAACUUAUGAAAAAAUAAUGAAUAUUCUGUGAUAAACAAAAUUUCUUAAAUUUCGAUGGUCGUCUAAUUUCUUAGUAAUUCUGAAUUCAUUAAUAGAAUCUUUUAAGAUCUGCUUUUCAAGGAAACAUACUGUGAGAGGGGAUUUUUAUUUUGAAUCUAGCUAUUCUAUUAUGUGACUACUAAUGAUUACAAAAAUGUUGAGUGUAUAUGAAAAUUGAUUAGUAUAAAAAAGUGUGUAAGUUUUAAUUUUCUGCAAGAACGAUUCUCUAAUAUUUGUUUCUUAGUAGCUCUUCAUUAAAAUUUAUGAACUAUCUCACUUUCAGUAAUUUUACUGUGCAUUCAAAAUGCAAUUCAUCAGUAGCAUAAACUUCGAUUUAAUGCUGAUCGCCGUUCUUGUAAAAUUGAUGUGGUGGUCAACUGAGAAACAAUGUUUAGAUUUUGACGUUCUUUUUAUUGGAAUCAAUACAUUAUUUCAUGCCUCGAUCACAACCUUGAUUUCAUUUAGAAACUACUUUUACAUAAUAAUCAGAAUUACAUUCUGAAAAUGUUGAAAAAGCCAUCAGUAGUCACGUGAUCAAAAUAACUAGACGUUCUCACCUCUCUACUUCAAUCUCGUGCUUAUAGUGCAUUUCAAUUGCAAAUUUAUUAUAAUUAUUAACGUUUGAAAUUAUGUAUUAUUGUGUUGAAGCCUGCCAAAGAGAAUAACAUAAUAUUAUGUUCAGCUACUGUAAUAGAUAUGUUAAUGAUCUCCUAGGCAAGUUUAUUUUUAAUUUUGUUGUAUGAUAAAUAUUGUAUUAAUAUACGCAUAUUAUCUAGAUAGAAUCUGUGUCGUGGUAGUACUGUAUAUUGUGAUGUACGAAUAUUUUUAAUUGUAUGAUGAAAGUACGAUGUCACUCCUGUUGUACGGUAGGUAAGAUUGAUGAAGAUUAUAAUAUAUUAUUGAUGAAAUUGAUAAUACUUGAAUAUUAAAUAGACAUAAAAGUCUAUAAAAUAAAGUUUGACCCAAUACUUACUGCCACUGACAUGUUUUAGAAAGCAUUUUUAUUGUAAUAUCUCUAGUAAUUGUUGAACAUGUAAAUAAGUACUGUAUCCUAUACUAUUUUGUAGCUAAGUCAUUUUUAUCGAAGCUAUUGAUAUUUAGGAUAGUUAUUUGGAUAUUCCACUGAAGUCUGUCUUUUCUAUCAUGUUAUUUAAAGGUUCAUUAUAAGAGUACAAGUCGUGUUUUUUUGCUCAUGAGCUUACUUGACUGGUGUGAGCAGUUUAAUCACUUAUGAUCAAUUUCUCUAUUAUUCAACCUCAUCAAGUACUUUCCUGUCAAUUUCAGGCUAGAUUUUUGACAUUUCUCCACUAACAAACAAGCUUCGGUUUAUAGGGGAAAAUCAUCCAUUCACAAACUAAGACUCUACAAUAUACUUCCUUUCUCCCCAAAAUGUGAUUACGUUUCUCAUCAGGGAUAAUUGAUCACAGAUUUCGUUAAAUAUCAUCUUAAUGACAUCACAGGUGAUAAAAUGUGCAACUCCCUGCAAUUAACUUGUCUCUAAUAUAUAUCCGGCUUCAAUUCCGAUUCUUGAUGUCCCUUAAUAUUUUAGUCGCAUGUUCUCGAGUCAUGUAUCAAUUAUUACCAAUCUAGUCGGUUGAAACUGUAUCAACUAAAUUUUUACCAAUCGCAGUUCCAAUACGAUAUUACCUCCUGAUUUAUCAUAAUUUUGAAAUUGACCAGUUAAUCUGUUCUACUGAAUUCAAUGUAUUAAGUUAUGCAAAAUAUAAUAGUAAGUGGGAUAUGAUUCAUUCGCCUCUGUUAGCUGAUCAUUCGUCAUUGCUGAUUGGAUUGGCUUUUCUGGUUAUUCUUGGAUAUUGAAAAAUGUAUGGCUAGUCUAGUUGGACAAACGCUGAUCAAGGUUUGACAGUUGAUCAACCGUUACACCUUUUAAGAUUGGUUGCAGAUCAACCUUGAUUCCCAUUUGAGCAACUAAUCGUUAAGAAGAAUUUAAACUGUCAAUCCUAUUCAUUUUUUAUUCAUUCAGAAAUUUCAUUAUACUCUAUUUUAACUAUGCUUUCAUGAGUUUUAUUGUAUUCUUAAUUUGUAUUUCAAGUCAUGGAAAAUAUUUAUGUAAGUUAGCUUCAUAAUUUUUUACACGUUUAAUACGUUUUGAUGAAUUCCAGUUUAUCGAUACAAGUGAAACUGUUUUUUUUUCUUCUAAGGAAUGUGAAGUACAUUAAUUUAUUCAUCUAUGAGCCGAACUGUGCAAGUUUUCACUAUACUAUCACGUUAAGAUUGUGUAUCUGUUUUCUGAAAACAUUGUCACAUAUUAUUGAACUUCCUAUAUUUAAUAAUUUAAAUUAUAAUUAUGUGACAGCUUUCAAAUAUAAGAACCACAAGCAUAAAUGUUUACUAUUCACGAAAUCCCAUCGAUUUUUAACCACCUAUAAAAAUAAUCAUUUUCAUUGAUUGUGUUUUCUUAUUGAUGCAAAGUUCGUACAAUUUUAAGCAGACAAUGUGUUCACCUUAAUAUGGUGCUUUGAUUUGUUUUUCUUUUAAUUUCCGUCCAUUCUGGUUGGUAGCUUAAUUUAUGUUCUCCCAUAAAUAUAAUCACACUUGUACGGUGGUGUAGCCUUGAGAGUUUUGUCAAAACAAAGUACUUCAUCAGAGUCAACAGUGAUUAUAUAUCAAAGCCUUUUUUUAUUUAAUUUGCAAAUGUAAAUAAUGUUAUUCAAGCGACUUACUGCAAUCAAAUAUUGAUUAAUGAUAAUAUAGCCAGCCAAUGGUUUGUGUGGAUUUUUUUUGUCAAAUUUGCGAUUUUUUGUUCCACAUUAUGAAACUUGUAAGUUAUAUGUAUUAGCCAACAUAAGUGUUGAUAGGUUUCUAUUAUACUGUAUCUGUGUACUUCUUUAGUUUUAAUAGGCAAAUAUAUUUUCAAUGAAUAAAA